AUGCGCGAGCAAGGCCGCCGAGAGCGCGUCCGCACGUCUCUGUGCGCUGGUCGUGAAGACACUCAUGUCUUCACAGAGUAUGAGCUCGGUGUCUCAUACUCUCCUGAUACGGAAGACGGAUCCGUAUCGACGGCGAUCGAAUCCAAGCCGCCUGCCAAGCGUGGCAUGGAUGAUGCUAUGCGUCGUAGCAUCUUUGGUUCAUCUGAUGAAUCAGAUGAACCAUCGCCGGAGCGAAGGCGCUCGAGGUCGCGAGACUCGGGCGCUAAUAGUGGUGUCGGUUCUCCUAUGGACACCACUUCACAGCGAGGUGCCAGUCCUUCUGUCGGCACAUCGCAGGAAGAGCAGGACCGCAAUGUCUUGCGUCUCGCUCCUGAGAAGAAGGCAUGGAUGCCUCCUAAAUCUGUCAUGGAUCACUUGUCGGCGACGACGAGUGAUCGUUAUCGAACACGGUUGUUCGAUUCGUCAGAGAUCCAUCACCUUGACCUCAGCGCGAAAAACUAUCGCGCUGAGAAUGAAUUCUUCAUCGAUGCUUUCAUUAAACAUCGAUAA